AUGAAGAAACCCUAUAAAUGUAAUGGCUGUGGGAAAGCCUUUGCCUGGAUUUCUUGCCUUAACAGACAUCAGAGAAUUCAUAAUGGGGAGAAACCCUAUAAAUGUAAUGACUGUGGGAAAGCCUUUUUCUAUAUAUCACAACUCACUGGGCAUCAGCGAAUUCAUACUGGAGAGAAACCCUACAGAUGCAAUGAAUGUGGAAAAAUGUUUGGCCAUAGCAAAUCCCUUACUGUACACCAGAGGAUUCAUACUGGAAAGAAACCCUAUAAAUGUAAUGAAUGUGGGAAAGCCUUCAGCCAGGGAUCAACUCUUUCUUUACAUCAGAGAACUCACAGUGGGGAGAAGCCCUAUAAAUGUAAUAAAUGUGGGAAAGUUUUCAGUCAUCGAUCAUACCUUAUUCGGCAUCAUGUAGUUCACACUGGAGAAAAACCCUAUGAAUGUAAAGAAUGUUGGAAAUCCUUCCGCCUCAGCUCAUCCCUUUCACUUCAUCAACGAAUUCACACUAGAGAAAAACCUUAUGAGUGUAAUGCAUGUGGGAAAACUUUCAGUCUGGGAUCUUACUUUUGUUGCAUCAGAAAACACUCAUAUUACAGAGAAGUCCUAUAAUGUGA